AUGCCACCAAAGCCGAAUCAGCCUUUGUUGCUAUACUUACCAGCGGCUCCCCAAUCUUUGGGGUGUAUGCUUGCUCAGGAGGACCAAGGGGUUGAGAGAUCAGUCUAUUACCUCAAUAGAGCUCUGACCGAUACCGAAACACGGUACUCAGACAUCGAGAAGUUGUGUUUGUGUUUAUACUUUACGUGUUGUAAGUUGAGAUAUUACAUGCUACCGGUCGUAGUUUACGUCCUCGCACAGAUCGAUGUAAUAAAAUACAUUCUAUCCCGACCGUAUAUUAGGAAUCGGAUGGGGAAAUGGGUAGUGGCGAUGUCAGAGUUUACUCUCGUAUAUGUACCUCAGAAAGCUGUAAAAGGGCAGGUCCUUGCCGAUUUCCUUGCAGAUCAUACAGGGACCGCCUUGAAGGAGGGAAUCGGCUGCAUGGAACUACAUCCUUGGAAGUUAUGGUUUGAUGGCUCUAGAACAUACAGGGGUGCCGAAGCAGGAAUCGUCAUCGUCUCACCCUCGGGGGCACGAUUCACGAUGUCUUGUUCUUUGAAUUUCAAGUGCACUAACAAUCAAGCCGAAUACGAAGCUCUCAUUUUAGGUUUAGAAAUCUUAAUGGAGUUGGGGGCAAUAUCGAUCCAAGUAUGGGGAGAUUCGAUGUUGGUCAUAAAACAAGUAGCCGGAGAAUACAAGUCGAAAAGGGGAGACAACAUGGAAGCGAAUGAUCUCGCACAGCACGGUAGUGGUUAUAAACCUUGUUACGUUUACGAGGCGAUCCAGCGAGAUACACCAAAUCUGAUAACUAGGGACGAUGUAGUGUUCAGGACGAUUCAUUCUGUGUAUCAAUUAGAUGUUUCCACAUAUUGGAGAAAAGAAAUAACCCAAUGGUUUGAGUCACCAGAUAUGACCAACAGAAGGCUACGAACUUUAGCCUUCAAUUAUAUAGUUCUGGCCGGUGAAUUAUACAAAAGAGGGAGCGAUGGUUUGCUCUUUAGAUGCAUCGGCCCAAAAGAGGCUAUGUUGGUCAUGGCUGAAGUGCAUGAAGGGAUUGCAGGCGCACAUCAGGCUGGUCCACGGAUGAGGUGGCUCAUUCACAAAUAUGGGUUCUAUUGGCCCAAAAUGGAGCAAGAUUGUAUCUGGUACUCCAAAGGAUGUGAAGCAUGCCAAAAGUGUGGUCCCGUUCAGCAUGUUCCGGCAGAGACGUUGCAUUCAAUCAUUAAACCUUGGCCAUUUCGUGGAUGGGCUGUCGAUUUAAUCGGUAAAAUAUACCCAUCGUCAUCCAAGGGACACACAUUUGUGAUUGUCGCGACCGAUUACUACUCCAAAUGGGUCGAAGCCGUACCAUUGAAGUCACCAAGUCAGGAAUCGGUCAUAAAGUUCUUCAGAGAGUACAUUAUCCUGAGGCAUGGUUUACCAGAGACUAUUACUACAGACCAAGGAACUAUGUUUAGUGGGAGCGAGAUAACCGAUUAUGCAAAAGAUAUGGGAUUCAAAUUGAUACAUUCGACCCCGUAUUAUGCGCAAGCAAAUGGCCAAGCUGAAGCAACUAAUAAGGCGAUUAAGGGUAUUAUCCAGAAGAUGAUAGAAGAUAAUCUGAAACAAUGGCAUCAGUUGUUGACGGAAGCCGUUUGGGCGAAUCGCACGAAGUAG